CCAGUGGUCUCUGGCCCCUAGCAGCUUGGAUCCCGCCCCUUUUUUUCUUCUCCACCUUUCGAUUUCAAUGGAACGGGACCUCGUCUGUCACAGAUGGCUUUCGUCUUUUCGGCACUGGUUCGUGAAUUCACGUUGGGGGCUUCUUUGUCGUGCGGUGGUAGAGUCGUGGUGCGGUUCCUGGGACGGGACACGACUCGAUUGGUCGACGACUUGUUUGUUGGGUGAUCGGGGCAGUGCUUGUGCUCAAGGCCAUCUCCCACAUGUACUCGGUUUUUUGGGUCGAAGAGGGUCGUCACGUCAAUUCUUCCUCAAGUGGUGUUGGUCGGGGUGUUGCUGCAGUGGUGUGGUGGUUUUUGG